CCAGAGUUUAGGAAGAAAACCUGCCAGUAAGCAGGUUAUCUUAAGAGUCUGCUACCACUGUGAUGUAAUCAGAGUUUUCACCCUCUGUCAUAGCUGGCUGCUCGGUGUCCCAUCUGCACACAGCAAGCCCCACUCCCGCUUUACCAUUAUCCUUGUAUCUAAAGCUGAUGGCGUCCUGUCCUCCUUUGUAACGCGCUUCAUUGGUCUUCUCCCGCCACAGAGUGCGUCACUGGCCCAGAAGCCUUAAUGGUGUUGCUGGCUGUGGUCGGCACCAUCUUGCUGAUAGGACUGGUUCUGCUGGCCGCCUGGAAAAUGGUUAUCACCAUACACGACCGGAGAGAGUUUGCUCGCUUCCAGAGCGCACGCAUGCGCGCCCGAUACCAUAUGGCUUCCAACCCUCUGUACAAACAGCCCAUCACCACACAUUUUGCAGAAAUGGAAACAUUCGAGAAGUCUUUCAACGGCGGGCUCCACUGAUCCCUCUGAACGGGACACGGCAGGACCGGUCCAACUCACAGACCCCUGAAUGAUGGUGACGAGGAGGACAGCAGACUGAACACAUUCCUCCCCUGAUCUUUGUCCAUCCACACUGAUGACGGAAAUGAAAGAAGCCCAGAAGACGUGAACCCUUCGUAUUUCCAGUUCCUAAGGAGAUUCAAACAGAUGUGCCCCAAUUACUGCGUGGAGACGAUGAAACUGUGGAUUAAGAUGACCAGAGUGUUGCAGGCUGCAGUUGCUCAAGAUAUUCUCCUAACUCCAACCACAUAGGGCAGCAUGUACUAAACAGAAUAUUGGUUUAUAUUUCUAUAUUUUUAUAAACACUGAAGAUGCAUUUGAAAUAUGAGCUCUACACUCAGCAGGACUCAGAUUAUUAGCAUAUAUUUCAAAGGAGGUUAUAAUGAUGAUUUGAUAAUACUAAUAUUUACUAAGCAACAGAUGUCUUACCUUUAUUUUGCACAGAUGGUGUCUAAUUCAGCAAAGACUGACUUUUCUUGAUGGGAUAGAAUGUGUUUGGGUUUAUCACAAGAUGCACUUGUCACUAUUGUCUUCUAUUAAUCUGCAUAGUAGGGCAUUAACAUACAGGAUUCUACUAACAUCUGACCCUAAAUAGACUGGACUUUUG